UAAAGAAAAGCCAAAGCCACGGGAAAGCAGAAGAAGAAGAAGAAGAAGAAGAAGAAGAAGAAGAAGAAGAAGAAGAAGAAUAAAAGGCAGUCCCCUCUCUCUUUCAUCUCUCUGUUCUUUUCUUGGACUCAUUUCAUCUCUCUCUCUCUCUCUCUCUCUCUGGAAGGAAGCAAAGAGAAAGAAAAGGCGAAAAUAAGGGAAGAUUUUGGGUGUGUUUUUAGGUGAGAAGCAGCUGGAAUGGUGUUGUUAAUGGUGGUGGUGACACUUUCUGGUUUUCCCAUUUGACUCAAAAGAUUCAUUCAUUCAUUCACUCACUCACUACAUAUAUAUCUAUAUCUAUAUAUAUAUAUACCCAUUCCUUUCUUCUUCUGCAACUAUAGUUUCUCUCUCUGGAAACCAAUAAAGAUUUGUGUGUGAUUCAUGCUGUUUAUGUGUAUCCCUUAACUAUUCACACCUCUAUUCACCUCCCAUUCCUUCAAUUCUAUUCCCAAUCCCAUAUAUAUCCUUUCUUAGCAUUUGGCAAUGGCGGUUCAAGCUCAACACCACCCUUCUAAUGUUCUCUUCUUAAACAGAAGUGGGGGUCAGGACGGUAAGGCGGCGGCUCCUCCGCUGGGGAACGAUUACUCCUUGCUGCACCCUUAUUCCGGCGGCGGCGGCGGCGGUGCUGGUGGGGGAACGUUUAUUGAUGAAACGGAAAUGCUGUUCAAUCACGGAGUUGAUGCGAAUUCGAGAAAGAGGGGGAGAGAGCAUACCAGUAGUACUACUGCGGCGGCGAUGAGUAACCCUAAUCCGAAUCCGAAUCCGAAUCCGCCAUUGAUUUCGUUGCAAUCUCAGCCGUCUCAGCUUAUCGAUCUCACGCAGCUGCACCCGAAUGUUGUGUCCACCGGCCUCCGAUUGGCCUUCACCGACCACCGGCAACACAACCACCACUCGCUUUCUCCUCAAUCCUCGCAAUCUUCGGUUUUCUUCUCGGUUUUGGCUGAGGAUUUGGGGACUCAUAUCAAGCAGCAGCGUGAUGAAAUCGAACAUUAUCUCCGAGCUCAGGGCGAGCAAUUGAGGCGGACAUUGGAGGAGAAGCGGCAGAGGCACUACCGUGCGCUGCUGGGAGCGGCGGAGGAGUCGUUGACGCGGCGGCUGAGGGAGAAAGAGACGGAGGUUGAUAAGGCCGCCCGGCGUAAUGUCGAGCUAGAGGCGCGGGCGGCGCAACUCGUAGCCGAGGCGCAGGCGUGGCAGGCCAGGGCUAGGGCACAGGAGUUGACGGCGGCGACGCUGCAGGCGCAGCUGCAGCAGGCGAUGGCAAGGCCAGGGUGCAGCACCGCUCACCAUCCGCCGGAGAGGAACGACGGCGGCACCGCCGCCGGCGAAGCGGAGGACGCCGAGUCCGCCUACAUUGACCCCGACCGAGUCGAAGUCUCCGCCGGCUCCAAUUGCCGGGCGUGCGGGAAGCGAGCGGCGUCGGUGGUUCUGUUGCCGUGCCGGCAUCUCUGCCUGUGCCGCCGCUGCGACGCCGCCGCUCAGGCUUGCCCACUUUGCCUUAGCUUUAGAAGCUCCAGCGUUGAAGUCUUCUUUUGCUAGAAGAAGCCCAAUCUCGGCCCAAAGCCCAAUCAUCUAUGGAAAAAUGAGACCCAAAACAAAAAGAAAUUUUAAAAUGCCAAAAAAAAAGUUUUAAAAGAAGAAAAAAAAUAAUAUAUAUUGGAUUCAAGUAUAUAUUUGUCUGAACUAAUUAACUUUAUUUUCUACUGCAUAUAUAAAAAAACAAAAACAAAAUUUCAGUGUUGAAAUUAUUAUUUUUGGAGGGUAAACUAUCUUGGAGGUAAUAUUGUACAUUGAAUGACAUUACCAUUUUGCCAUUUUGAAACAAAAUGAUUUUAUUUAUAUGUAAAUUCAUUGAUUUCUUA